UGUCAUUAAUUUUAUACUUUCGAGGCUAAUUUUCAAAAUUAAAAGUUAUGACAUAUCGACGUUAUUAUCCUGGUUUAAUACUAGAUGAUCAUGAAUUUACCACCCCGACUAAAAUGAUUAAAAAAAAAGAGGACAUGAAACGUUGGGAAGCAUCGCCAGCAUAUAAAGAUAUAUUCGAAUUUAUCUGUAACGUGAAUAAUUAUAUCAGAGGGAAGACCAAUUCAAUGGGCAGUGAAAAUGCUUCAGAAUGUGUUGAUAAAAUUUACAGUAUGUUGGAUACUCUUGAUGAAUGGAUAGAUGAAAUUCCUCCGGUCAAAGAUAAACGCUUUUCAACUGAAGCAUACAGAGACUGGCAUGCAAGACUUCAAAGAGAAGCUGUGCUGCUGAUAGCAGAUAUGUUACCGCAUUAUUUAUUUAGGGCAUUACUAGAAAUAGAAAAGUAUUUCGUAAACGCAUUCGGAAAUUCUAAUCGAAUUUACUAUGGAACUGAACACGAACUGACUUUCAUUAUGUUUUUACUUGCACUUUUCAAAAUUGGUUAUUUAGACAUUGAUGAUCUAGUACCAGCAGCUUGCAAAAUAUUCGUCAGGUACUUACAUUUAGUGAGAAAACUACAAGUAACUUAUAAUAUGGAGACCGCAGGAUGUCGUGGUUUUUGGCGCUUAGAUGACUACCAAUUUGUUCCUUUUAUAUGGGGCAGCUCUCAAUUCAUAAAAAAUGAUUCUUGGGAUCCUACUUGUUUUCUGAAACAAAAAAUAGUUGAUGAAUACGCAUACGAUUACAUGUUUCUUAGUUGCGUCCAAUAUAUCAAUAUAGUGAAGAGUGGACAAUUUAUUCAACAUUCUUAUCAACUAUGGAGCAUCAGCGCCGUAUCCAGUUGGACGAACAUUAAUGAAGGUCUUUUGAAAAUGUAUAAAGAUGAGGUUUUGUCCAGAUUUCCUCUUGUCCAACACAUUUACUUUGGUUCAUUAUUUACCUUGGAUCCGUUACCAAAUCGGGUGAUUCCUCGACGAAAGACCAGCUUUUAUGAACUCAACCAGCUUCCAUCAAAUAUGAACUACUGCGAUCCCGAUUCUUCUGACUUUUCUGCUUCUAUUGAAAUGUCCUCUGCGGAAAGCGGUCCCUCAUCAAUUGACCCUACAACUAGUGAAACUUACAAGGAAAUAGAAGAAUUUGAUUUUACUCUCAGACUACCAUCUGAUGCUAAUAUUACAAAAACUAAUUCAAAAAUAUCUAGUGACUUAAAGAGUAAUAAACGAGACGACAAAAAUGUUGAUAUCGAGAGUUCUAUCAAAGAUUGAACAAUACAAUUUGAUUUGAAUAUAUUUAUUUAUAUGACCCCAUAUUCUAAAUGAAAAGUAU